AUGUCCCAGAAACAUGAUGAGGAUGUCCUGAUGGAGGACCUGGUCCUGCAGAGGCAGGUUGUGUGUGCUCUGAACAGCGUCCUGUAUGAGCAGCUGCAGUACAAAGGAAACGAGAGCGACUACUACAACCCUCUCAACUCCUACCUGCACCAGGUGCUGACCCGGCGCACAGGUAUUCCCAUCAGCCUGUCUGUGCUCUACCUGACGCUGGCAAAGAAGCUGGGGGUGAAACUGGAGCCAGUGAACUUCCCCAACCACUUCCUGCUGCGCUGGUGCCAACGAAGCGAGCGGAGUUCGGAUAUCUAUGAUUACGUUUACAUUGACGCCUUCGGGAAAGGCAAGCAGUUGACAGCAAAAGAAUGCGAGUACUUGAUUGGCCACCAGGUGACGUCAGACUAUUACAGCGCGGUCAGCACCGAGGAGAUGCUGCUGAGGAUGGUGGGAAACCUCCUCAAUAUCGGCAAGCGAGGAGAAGGCAGUGAGAAGUCCUACCAGCUGCUGAGGGACUCGCUGGAUCUCUACCUCACCAUCAACCCUGAUAACAUCCAGUACCUGCUGCUGCAGGCCAGGCUGUACUUCCACCUGGGGAUCUGGCCCGAGAAGGUCCUGGACAUUCUCCAGCACAUCCAGGCCCUGGACCCGUCUCAGCACGGCGCUGUGGGCUACCUGGUGCAGCACACCCUGGAGCACAUCCAGCACAAGAGCCACCCAGCCGAGCCUGAGGUCAAGAGGAGAAGUGACCAGGAGAACCGGGAGGUGCAGUACUCCACGGGGCUCAUCAUGAGACACAAACGGUCUGGUUAUAACUGUGUGGUGUACGGCUGGGAUGCCAAGUGCACCAUGGGUCUGGAGUGGAUUACCACCAUGAGGGUUCACCAGCUGCCAAACGGACCCGACCAGCCCUUCUACAGCGUGCUGGUCCAGGACGGCACCUCUCGUUACGCUGCACAGGACAACCUAGAGCUUCACCCCUCGCCGCUGGAAAUCUCCCAUCCCGAGGUGGGACGCUACUUUUCCGAAUUCAGGGACACCCACUACAUGGCUAACGAGCAACUGCAGACCUGUUACCCCGAGGACUUGGCUUGCACCACUAGGAUAACGCAGGAACUCUACAGCACCCUGUCCAGCGGCUCUGAACAGGAGGGACCAGCAGAGCCACAGGAGCACCCUGUAGUGAAGAGUUAGAGCAAGACUGAGAUGCAACAUGCCAGCGACUCAGUGCCAAAAAUCAUUUUUAUUGUAGUCACAUGACCACCACCCGCCCCCUUACCCUGUUAAUGGAAUGAAAUCGAUAACGUUACCUCAGCAAGACACUGUCCUUCUGUAGCUAUGCUUCUGAAAAGACACUUUAAAUGUUCUUUCUCCUUUGAUGUUGGAGGUGAUUGGUUUCUCUUAAUCUGCAAUUAAAACCUGCAGUAAAUACAAAAGGGACUCUUGAGUACUGUUUGCAUGUUUCUCAAGGAAUGCAGAGGUCAGCUAUUCAGCAGGUAAUGUAUUUUUGCUUGUAUGACCUAAAAAGCUUUAUAAAUAAGUUUGUUAAUAUUUUAUAACUAAAGACUGGCUGUUAAUAACACAACCCCAGACCUGGCUGAUUAAAAACAAUUGUUUAU